UAACGUUACCGAGUGGAUGUGCGAUCGAGUCGUCCGCGGAGAGCGAGAGUGGAGUUGCGCGAGAACCGUUCGAGUGUUUUUUUUGCGCGACUGCUUGGAUUGCGCUUUGCAUGCAAGUUCUGUUUCCGUUCAGCGCGGAUCUUCCGACGAAGUUGCGGUUACGGUGAAGAUCGCCUACCUUGGUGAAGAAUGAUUGUCUGAGUUACGUUUUCCGAUGCAAGGGAAAACGCGAUUUACCAUGGCAUGAGAAAUUCGCACCCCAGAGUGUUCGACAGCAGUGAGCUGGAAGUAGCCGGCUAGGUUGUAGUUCAAUCGACUAACAGUUAAUUAACUGUUUGUGAAGUUGUGAGGAAGAGUGUUGUGUUGUGGUGUGUUGAGGGUGUUCGUGUUCAGCAAAGAAGCACGACCCGUCGCGUGGUUUUCGAGAGGCCUUUACGCGGGUGUCAGUAACAGAGUCAAAAGAGAAAAUCCAGGGGACGACCUUUUUUCGCACAACAAAAAAAGUGGAUCAGAUCGAAAAGUGAUUUGCACGGAGCUGUGUCUCAUUAGUCGCAACACAGAGAGGAAGAAGUGAGCGAUGACAGUGAAACUGUGAGAAACAACAGCAGAAAAAGAGCAUUAAAAAUAAUCAAAAUAGAAGAAAGUGAGGAGGAGGCGGAGCUGCGCAGAGUAAUUUUUGGAAGCUGAAGACCGGUGGCGCCUCGUGACGGCGGAAUCGCCAACUUUUUAAGCGCUUGAAACAAACAAGAGGCAGAGCGAUAAAUGAAGCAAUAGAUCGUCCGCCGCACCACAAACGACGUCUUUUGUUUUCUGUUUUUAUUUUGUCUCUUUUCGCGAGAGCCCCCUCACGAUAAUAUAAACAGUGGUAGUUUUUGUUUGCUAGUGUUGGUGUUUGGUUUAGCUCUGUGCAUUAGUAUGACUCACUCAGCGCUGGAGCCACUUGACCAAACUGGUUUUGACUGAGCUUGGGAGCUUUUGAUUUUGUUGGUGCUUUGAAGGCCGACGGAUCUUGAUCAAGGAAUAUGGCCUACAAUGGACUGUCCCAGCACGUGGACUUUGUCCGGCUGCCCAACCCGGGCGAGCGGUUCGAGCUGCUGGACCUGAUUGGCGAGGGCACCUACGGCGAGGUGUACAGCGCCAAGGACAAGCACAACGGCCGCAAGUUUGCCGUCAAGAUCCUCGAGAGCAUCGCCGACAACAUCGAGGAAAUCGAGGAGGAGUACCUCGUCCUGCGCGAUCUCUCCAAGCACCCCAACAUCCCAGACUUUGCCGGCCUCUUCCUGAAACGGGGCCUCACCGUCGAAGAUGACCAGCUGUGGUUCGUGCUGGAGCUAUGCACCGGUGGGUCGGUUACGGAUCUAGUUCAAGGUCUGCGCAAUCGGGGCUCCCGGUUGAGCAACAACCAGAUUGCGUACAUCUUGCGCGAGACGGUGCACGCGCUGGUGUUCCUGCACGAGAACCACUGCAUGCACCGGGACAUUAAGGGACACAACAUUUUGCUGACGGAGAACGGGCAUGUGAAGUUGGUGGACUUUGGGGUGAGUUCGCACCUGGCGGCGACGAUGGCGCGGAGGAAUACCAGCGUUGGGACGCCGUACUGGAUGGCGCCGGAGGUCAUCGCUUGCGAGCAGCAGCUGGAUCAGUCGUAUGAUUCGAGGUGUGAUGUGUGGUCGAUUGGGAUUACGGCGAUUGAGUUGGCGGAGGGUGAUCCUCCGCUGUGCGAGUUGCAUCCGAUGAGGGCGUUGUUUCAGAUUCCUAGGAAUCCUCCGCCGAAGUUGGGGCAUCCGGAACACUACUCGGCGAUGCUUUCGGAUUUUAUCUCCGAGUGCUUGGUGAAGGACUUGGAGCAGCGACCUUUCUCGAAGGAGUUGGUUACGCAUCCGUUCAUGAAAGGGGUCGGACCUUACGUUGAACAGGUUAGGCAGGAAUUGAAAGCGGAAAUUCAGCGUCAGCGAUCGGAGGGACGGGCACCGAAGCAAGCGGAAGCCACCACCAAGUACGGCAAGCUGAAAUCUGAUCGUAAGACGAAACCUCAGAAGAUGUACAUGGACGAUCUAGCUGCGCUGGACGUCCUCACCGAGGACACGAUCGUUGAGCAGCUUCAGAAGCGCUACGAAACCAACCAGAUCUACACGUACAUCGGAGACAUCUUGGUGGCGGUCAACCCGUUCGCCAAGCUUGGCUUGUACACCAAUUACCACCAACGUAAGUACGCCGGGAAGACCCGCUCUGAUAACCCGCCGCACAUCUUCGCCGUAGCGGACGCCGCUCACCAAGCGCUUGUCCACCAAAAGCAGAACCAAGCAAUCGUCAUCUCCGGUGAAAGCGGCUCAGGCAAGACCGAGAGCGCAAACCUUCUGCUCAAGCAGCUUGUCUUCCUCGGAAAAGCAGUUACCCGCAACCUGGAGGAGCGCAUCCUUCAGGUCAACCCCAUCAUGGAAGCGUUCGGCAACGCCCGAACCGGCAUCAACUCCAACAGUUCCCGCUUCGGCAAGUACCUGGAGCUGACGAUGGCCCGCAGCGGCAAGGUCAACGGAGCCCGCAUCUUCGUGUACCUGCUCGAGCAGAGCCGCGUCGUCAAGCAGGCCGAAGGCGAAGGCAACUUCCACAUCUUCUACUACAUGUACGACGGCCUGCAGGCCGAGAAGCGUCUCGAAGAGUACUACCUUCACCCGUCGUACCGCAAAACGCAUCGUUACCUUCAGGAAACCGCAACCCUUCCCAAAACCAACGUCGAACGCUGGAAGCAGCUGCUUGCAAGCUUCAAAGUGCUCGGAUUCCGAGACGACGAGGUGGACAUGGUCAACCGAGUCCUCGCCGCCAUCCUGAACCUGGGCGACCUGGAGUUUGGCGAAAUGGACUCCAACGACAACACCGACAGCAAGGCGCGCGUCAUCGACGUGGCGCCAAUGCACCGGGUGUCCAAACUGCUCGGCGUGGAGUCGUCCGAUCUGCUGGAGGCGCUCACCUCGAACUCGGUCGUAACGCGGGGUGAAACCAUCACGCGGCAUAACAACGUGGCGGAGGCUUGCACCGCGCGGGACGCCAUGGCCAAGGGGCUGUACGGACGGUUGUUCGACUGGAUGGUGAACCAGAUCAACCUGCUGCUGGUGCACAAUCGGCCGAACAACUCGGAACAGCUGGCCGUUGGCUUGCUGGACAUCUUUGGGUUUGAGAACUUCUCCAAGAACUCGUUCGAGCAGCUGUGCAUCAACAUUGCGAACGAGCAAAUUCAGUACUACUUCAAUCAGCACAUCUUCACGUGGGAGCAGCAGGAAUACAUGGCCGAGGGCAUCCCCGUCGACCUCGUUGAAUUCGCCGACAACCGGCCCGUCCUGGACAUGCUGCUGAGCCGACCACUCGGCCUGCUCGCCCUCCUCGACGAGGAGUCCCGCUUUCCGCGCUCCAACGACCGCUCGCUCAUCGAAAAGUUCCACAACAACGUCAAGUCCAAGUUCUACCAGCGGCCCAAAUCGGACGCCGUAUGCUUUGCGAUCCACCACUUUGCGGGCCGCGUGGUGUACCAGGCGGACGGCUUCCUCGAGAAGAACCGCAACUUCCUGCCGGCGGAGAUCAUCCAGCUGAUCCGGCAGAGCCAGUACGACAUGAUUCGCUUCCUGUUUCAGUGUCCCAUCACCAAGACCGGUAACCUGUACUCGGCCAUCCAGGACACCGGAUCGCGACAGAACGUGUCCAACUUUAUCAAGGUUGAUACCAAGGAAAAGUUCAACUCCCGCGGACUGGCAUCGCAGUCGAGGGCCCAGCAAACGGUGGCCACCUACUUCCGGUACUCGCUGAUGGACCUGCUGCAGAAAAUGGUGACCGGGGCGCCCCAGUUCAUCCGCUGCAUCAAGCCGAACGAGACGAAGGCGGCGAAGAACUUCGAGCCGGCCAAGGUGCUGAAGCAGCUGCGCUACACCGGCGUACUGGAGACGAUCCGCAUCCGGCAGCACGGGUUCAGCCAUCGGCUCGCGUUUGCUGAGUUCUUGAAGAGAUACUACUUCCUCGGUUACGGAUUCGAGGAACGUGUCGUCGCUAGCCGAGAAUCGUGUCGUUUACUUUUAGUACGCCUAAAAAUGGAUGGAUGGGCGCUCGGGAAGUCCAAGGUGUUCCUCAAGUACUACCACAUCGAGUACCUGUCCAAGCUGUACGAGGAGCACGUCCGCAAGAUCGUUCUGGUGCAGGCCUGCGUGCGCCGCUGGCUGGCGAAGGCAUUCUGCAAGCGCGAAAAACAACGGCUCGCCGUCGUCAGUGCCGUGACGCUGCAGAAGCACGUCCGCGGCUGGUUGACGCGCCGCCGCAUGAACAAGCUGAUCCGCGAGAAGCAGGAGCGGGAACGGGUGGAGCGCGAGCGGGCCGAGAAGGAACGGAUUGCGCGGGAGAAGAAGAACAAUGAGCAAAACAAAGCCAAACAGGCGUUCGCCAAGGCGAAGCUGAUCCACCAGAUGUCGAACCACGAGCUGAUCAAACCAGUGGAGCGAACCCAGAACGCCGUUGACGUCAACAACAAGGAGAACGAGAAGGCCGCCAUCGUCAUCCAGAGCUACUACCGGGGCUACACGAUCCGCAAGAUGAAACUCACGCCCGAGCUGGAAGCGAAAACCAAGUACAUUUUGGGCAUCGCCAAGAACCGCGUCGAAGCGCAGCGCAUGAUGCAAAAGGAAGGCUUCUCCAAGGAGGACGCUGCCCGGAUCAUUCAGCGCUACUACCGCACCCACAAGAGCAAAAAUGACGGCUCGCGAAGGAAGGGCCCAGCCCCCCAGCCGGUGAAGCCCCUCUCCGCAAAAGACCAGCAGAUCGACCUGAUUGCGUUCUCGCAGAACGUGCACAUGCUGAACCAGGAGGUGCACAAGAAUCUGCGCGCCAACAAGACCGGCGUACCGCUGGAUGCCAUAGAGAAGCUGCCGAGCGACUACAAGCGGCCGCCGGGCUUUGUGCUGGUGCCGGGACUGCUGGGAACGGUUCCGGGUGGUGGCAAUGGGGGCAGUACCGCUGGCAGUGGGGACUACUCCAAGUACAGUUCGUUCCGCAGCGCGGAGUGUGACCACGAGAUGACCAAAGAGCUGAUUCAGAGUCCAACCACGGCCCAGUCGUGCUCGGAGUUCGACGAGAUCUCCCCGUGGGACAUGCCCUUCUACGAGCUGGAACGGAAUCUGCGCUCGCAAAGACAACAGAAUCAGCAGCAGCAGCAGCAGCAUCCGCAUCAAUACCAGAACCACCAGCACCAGCAGCCAAGGAUGGUGGACAUUAAUCGUAACGAGAUCCUCGGCGAACGCAAGGUGGAACUGAGCGAACGCAAACAGCAACUGUCCCACAACUGGCACCAGGCGUUCCAGGCGAGCGAGGUGGCCCAGCGGGGUGCGGCCGACCAUCAGCAGCAUCUCCAGCAGCAGCAGCAGCAGCAGCAUCAGUACCAGAACCAGCAGGACAAUAAAUUCAAGGGGAUGGUCAGACCCACCAACCACGCCGAACCGGCCCCCAUCCGGCACAUCCCGGCGUUCAGCUACCUGAACCCGAACGGCCACCAGAUCCUGCGCUACUCGCCCAACUCGGCCGAUCCCCAAUCAUCGUCCACCGGUGGCGCUCCAUCCCCGUACCGCAGUAGCGACGGCAGCGGCCACCGUUACCACGACAUGCCUUCGCACCAUUUGCUGCAGGAACAGCAACAGCAGCAAACGCCACCACUUCCGGCUGGAAAGAGCAAGAAGAGCUCCAAGAGUGAGAACAAGGCAAAGGAGAAGGAGAACAAGGAGCGCAAGAAGAAGGAGAAGAAGGCGGCCAAGAAGGAGAAGGAACGGUCGGCGAGUUCGAGCAACUCGACGGCGGUGAGCAGCGGGGAAAAGGUGCGGAAGGAGUCCAAGAAGGGAAGCAGGGCACCGGCGCCGAUUCCGCCGCCGCAGCAGGUUCCACAGAAGCGGUUGAUUGAACACCACGAGUACCAGAACAUUUCGGAGGAGACGAAGAUUGAUAGCAAGAGUCCGGUGAUGCGGAUGUUCGGGGACACAAACUUUUUGCUGAAUCACAGGAGGAAGGCCUCCGGUCAGCAGAGUCAGACUCAACAGCAGCAGAAGGAGAGUGGCCUCAGCUGUGGCCAGGGUGUUUGCGAGCUAUUGAAUGGUGUCUAUCGCUUUUCCCCGCACGUGACCUCCUUCGCGGAGCUCGAGUCCAACAAGAGCAACGUCAGCACGCCCACGUUGAUCGUUGGCGCAAAGGGAUCCUCGGCGGCGACCUCCACGAACCACUCGCACCCCUCAACGCUCGACCCGAAAGAGUACCAGAACUUUAACGUGUCCAAGUAUCUCAACAUUGACGUCAAGACGCCGAAUCUGCGCAAGAACCACGUUCACGGGCAUCACCAUGGUCACCACCACAUCAGCUCGAACGCGAGCAGUUUGAGUUCGGGGAGUAGCGGAAGCAACUCGCUGAACUCGUUUGACUCGGUUGAGCAGGCGAUCAUCUUUCAGAAGAACAAGAAUCCGGACUCGUACCUGGGGCCGUUCAACUUCCGGCAGCUGUUGAGGCCGACGCAGGGGCCGACGGAGUCGUUGCGGAAGCGGAAGGGCAUUAAUCCGCCGUCGCCGCCGCCGCUGCAGCGGGGGAAGAGUUGAGCGGGGAGGAGUUUGAAUUUGUGAAUUUGGUCAAAAUUGUUCGGAUAGACCUACUCGUUUUGCGUUCAACCGGGGGUUUUGAGCGACGUGAGGGAUGAGGUAAUUAAUCUUCUUUCUGGAGAUAUUUCUCUGGAAGUUCUCUACUAGAAGCACAUUUGAUCUCGUAGUUUGUAGGUGCACAGUUUAUCGAAUCUGCUGUCUGCUACUUUUCUGUGGAGGAGGUGAGCAAUUCCGUGAGGAAAAUUGAAUCGAGGAAUUUUUUUAAAGUUCUUUUGUGGAUUUGAAAAAAUAUAUAAAAGUAUUCCUUUUUGGGAUAAAUUUAAUUUUAUCCAUAAUAUUUUGAUAUGUUCUUUUAUUUU